AUGAGUACGAAGCAGCGCCGUGGCGUGCUACGAGACGCAUAUCUUGAGAUCGUCCCUGCAUCGAAGCCGCAGGAGGACUACGACGACAGGAACGAACUCUACGCAGUGGCGAUUGAGGGGAUGCGAAGCCUGGUAACCAAGUUUCCAGAUGGAUACGAGGGGUAUGUCGCAGCAAAUAAGGCAAAGGGUAAGCGCGAUUCUCGGGAGUUGAACGCGAAGUUGUAG